AUGCCACGAUCCAGCUUUUCGGACAAUCCAUUGUUGCGUGUAUCACGACCAGUGUCAGCCUGUUCUAGAUGUCGAGCUGCUAAAGUCAAGUGUGAUGGGAAAUUGCCUGCGUGUACAGCCUGCGAGAAGGCUGGCCGCGAAAACGAAUGCUCAGCUGCGAACGAUCAAUUUGCGAGAGGCAAGGAGCGAAGCUACGUUGCUGCGCUUGAACUCCGCAUAGAAAAGUUGGAAAAGCGAUUAGCGUACGCCCGAUCAAGAAAGGCGUCCGUCGCUCAACAUGAGUCUGAAGUUCCACCAGCACCACCUGAAUCGGAUCGCAAGGACUCGCUUGCUACCAUCAAAGCUGCCAUAUAUCGCAAGGCAGCGCGGAAACGAGAAAUAUCUGAUGUUAACUCGCUGAUGUCUGAUUUUGGUUAUCUGUCAAUCAAUGCCACGACAAGAGACUUUGAGCCAUCAAUGAGCAACAUGACAUUCGCGCGUCUUGUGCUGGCUGCUGCUACUAAUGACCCUCUUCCAGAUGUUCUGGACUGGACACUGCCUCCCAAACAGGAUGUUAUUGCUCUCGUUCAACAUUACAUGACUAAUGUAUGGUCUCUGUAUCCUGCGUUCCCAGAGACUAUGCUUUACACCAUUCUUGAACAAAUAUAUUCGUUCCAGGAUCGCAUGAUAAAAGAUGCCGACUACUGGCUAGUGUAUAUGGUAUUGGCGAUCGGAUCUGCCGCUCAGAGUCGGGCCAAAAACGACGAUUAUUAUAUCAACGGAGUACGAUUCGUCGCACAGGCAAUGCAACAUGCAGAUAAGGCAUUGAUGCCGGGCUACACAACACAGAUCCAAUCUUUGGUUCUCCUCACCAUAUACUCAAUGCUUGAUCCCGCCCAUUUCGACAGCUGGCACUUAAUCGGCUUUACCUCUAGGGCGGUGAUCGACCUGGGGUUUCACCAAGACCCUCCGCCGGAGCAACUCUCAGAUAAAUCAGUGCUAGAUAUGAGGCGGAAAGCUUUCUACUGCGUGUAUUCAUUAGACAGAUCCAUCAGCAUGGUUCAUGCACGCGCUUUUUCGUUUACUGAUGCUGCUACAAAUGUUGCCUGGCCAAGACCCUCAUCCUUCAGUCGCCGGGCUUCGAUCACCGGUCAGAUGCUUUCGGGUUCCGAGCCUGCAUUCCUACUUUUCCAACUACGCCGAGGUCAGUCUCAUUGGUAUCAGGCACUGUUUCAGGCAGAACCAACGCCAUUGCCCGACUCAUCCUCAUUUAUCUGGCAAAUGUGCCAAGACAUGAGGGAGUGGGCUGAGGCGCUUCCUACCUCACUUCCAGUUGGAAUGAGGGAGUUGUUCGAUCUCGAGUUGCGGUAUAGCUUUGUCUACUGUGUGGCACCCUCAGCCAGGGCUCCCCAUAUGACGGAUUAUGGCAGGUUGCUCAUCUUCGAACAUGCCAUCGCCUAUCUUGAUCGUAUAUAUGAUGUCUCGCAUAGUGGGGUGAAAACAGCAUUCUAUACAUAUCACGAUGCCUUGCGUGUUUUCUUUAUGGCAAGUCAGUUUGUUGCUGUCCUUCGUGAUGCAGAGGACCUGCUUCUCGCAGGUGUUACCCCACCGUUGCCGCUGGUCGAACUCGGUAAAGCACCACCGCCUCCUUUGCCCCAACGUCCUGGCGGCCCUGGGGUAGAUAAUCUUAAUCGGAGCUUAGUAUGCCUUGACAGAACUGCACGCACACUCGCGAAGUAUGGCGAACGGUGGGAUACGUGCGUGGCCUUACAACGGACCUUUGAAAUGAUAUCGAGCGACCUAGUAGAUCGCCUACGCUUGAGGAAGCGGAUGAAACAACACUCUUCACCACCGCAGAAUGUCCAAACAACUAUGCCACGAGAAAUGAAAUGGGUAGGUGUUGACGUCGAAGCUCUCAUAAGGGGGGGCUCGGGGUCACGAGGCGCGAAAUUCGAACAUUCCUGAAUAGACUCAACAAUGCACUGCACAACAGCCUUUUCGUCAUGGCAAAACCGAAUAGGUAGCCAAGGACGAAAAGGUCACAUCUCUUCAUGAGAAAUUCCAUAGCUUGAGGAACGCUAGUGUGUACUACCUAUAUUAGUCUGCAUGGAAAGGCGUUCAAAUGGACUGACGAGCGCAUUUGGCUUAUUAA